CCCUUAGAUCGGAACUCACUGAGCUCGAAGGGACGCCAAUGGCGAAGACGAAGAGGAAGAGCUUCGCGGAAGCCACCAUGUCGCCGGCGACGAUCGCCGUGAUAUCACUUUUCGCCCUUCUGAUCCGCGUCCUCGUCUCCAUCGGCCCUCACUCCGGCGAGGCUUCCCCUCCGAAGUAUGGCGACUACGAGGCUCAGCGGCAUUGGAUGGAGAUCACUCUGCAUACUCCGACGUCGGAGUGGUACCGCAACACCAGCUCCAACGAUCUCUCCUACUGGGGCCUCGACUACCCCCCGCUCUCCGCCUACCAGAGCUUUGCUCAUGGCCUCAUCAUCAACUCCUCCCUCCCCAGCUCCCUCGCCCUCCUCUCUUCACGUGGCUUUGAGUCCCCUACUUCGAAGCGGAUGAUGCGGUGGACGGUGAUUUUAUCGGAUUUGAUGGUGUUUUUCCCUGCGGCGAUUUGGUUUGUGCUUGUGCACAACCGGAGGCGAAAUCAGGAAGAUGGAUCUGCGUGGUGGUUGCUUUCAAUGAUUUUGUUGAAUCCUGCAUUGAUUUUGAUCGAUCAUGGCCAUUUUCAGUAUAAUUGUAUUAGUCUUGGAUUGACGCUUGGAGCUGUGGCGGCGGUGAUCUCGGACAAGGAUGUUAUUGGUGCUAUAAUGUUUACCCUUGCUAUUAAUCAUAAACAGAUGAGUAUGUAUUUUGCACCGGCAUUUUUCAGUUAUCUUCUUGGAAAAUGCUUAAGGUGCCGGAAUCCCAUUCUUGAAGUUAUGAAACUUGGCUUUGUAGUCCUUGCUACAUUUGCACUGGUCUGGUGGCCUUAUCUUUAUUCAUUGGAAGCAAUACUGGCGGUACUUGCUCGAUUGGCUCCGUUUGAGAGGGGAAUAUAUGAGGAUUACGUUGCCAACUUUUGGUGCAGCACUUCAGUGAUUAUAAAGUGGAAGAGGCUCUUUGCAAUACAACCAUUAAAGAUUCUUAGUUUCAUGCUCACUGUUUCAUCCUUUAUUCCCUCAUUAAUUCAUCAAAUCAAGUCUCCAAGUGAUCGUGGAUUCCUUUAUGCUAUGCUGAACAGCUCAUUUUCAUUUUACCUCUUCUCUUACCAAGUACACGAGAAAUCGAUUUUGCUGCCGCUUUUACCUGCAAGCCUUCUUGCACAACAAGAGCCUUUGUUUUUCGGGUGGUUGAUGUACUAUGCCUUGCUUUCAAUGUAUCCUCUACUUUGCCGAGAUAAGUUGAUCUUACAGUACAUAGCUACUCUUGCUCUCUUUUACUUGAUUUAUUGCUCACCCGAUAGAAGAAAUGCGACAAAAGGAUACAAACUUUCUCUCCCAAUGAAGACACUAAUGGCCUUGUUGUUGUUGUCAUCAUUUGUCCUUCAUUUGAUUUACUUGAUCAUGAAACCUCCAGAGAAGUAUCCUUUUCUUUUUGAGGCCUUGAUGAUGUUUCUUUGCUUUUCUCAGUUUGUAAUGUUGACAUUGUAUACCAACAUUAAACAGUGGAUGCUAUCAGAUUACUCACCACAGACAAUGUCAAAGAAGAAUCUUUGAUGUGGUUAUUGUUUUUUCACUCUUUAUUCUUACCAUUUAUGAGUGGAGCAACAUUUUGUAGUAA